UUGAGUGACUGUUGUAAAACAGGAAAUCCGCACUAUCUCUUACUGUUAUCAACUUGAUAAUUAACUCUCCCAAAUCCCACCCCAUAUUUUGCAUACUUUACCUUUUUCGAAAAGAGGGUUGGUUUCCGUGAACUGGAUCUGUCACAGCAAUGGCGGGUUACCGGGCAGAAGACGACUAUGAUUACUUGUUUAAGGUGGUUUUGAUUGGGGAUUCCGGCGUCGGAAAAUCCAACUUGCUUUCUAGGUUUACAAGGAAUGAGUUCAGCCUCGAGUCCAAAUCGACUAUCGGCGUCGAGUUCGCCACCAGGAGUUUGGCAGUCGACGGAAAAGUGAUCAAGGCUCAGAUUUGGGACACUGCGGGUCAGGAGAGGUACCGUGCAAUCACCAGUGCAUACUAUCGCGGUGCAGUUGGUGCUUUGCUUGUGUAUGAUGUCACUAGGCACUCCACAUUUGAAAGCGUCGAGAGGUGGUUAAGAGAGUUGAGGGAUCACACCGAUCCCAACAUAGUCGUCAUGCUUAUUGGCAACAAAUGUGACCUCCGGCAUCUGGUGGCAGUCUCAACAGAUGACGGGACCUCAUUUGCUGAAAAGGAGUCGCUUUACUUUAUGGAAACUUCUGCCCUUGAUGCCACCAAUGUCGAGAAUGCAUUCACAGAAGUUCUCACGCAAAUACACCGCAUUGUGAGCAAGAAGAGCAUGGAGGCAGGUGAUGACGGGAAUGCACAGAAUGUCCCGUCAAAGGGUGAACAAAUCGACGUUAGCAAAGCCGCAUCGGGUGUGAAGCAAGGAGGUUGCUGCUCCUCGUAGAUUCUGUUACCCUCGUGAGGUAUGAUGCCAGCUUCUUUGAGAUUGUGGUGUAAACUUUUACCUCUGCAGAUGUUAGAUAUGUUGUGAUCGACAUGCUAUAAUAUUUAUUGCUUUCAUGGAAUGCCAAAUUCACAUA